AUGGAGGAUAGAAAAUUAAUUAAGCUUCUUGGUGAAGAAAUUGGUAAAAGGAAUAUAAUUUACGACAAGCAAUUCACAAUUCCUCAAUAUUCUAACCGAAGUCGUUUGGUGACAAAUGCGUUUGAGGAAACAGCUGCGGAAAUUAAAAAUAAAGAUCCAAGUUAUUUUUGGUUAAAAGGCGGAAAAGUCGAAGAUUUAUUUAAAAAAAUUAGAAACAAGUAUUGCAUUAUUUCCAGAAAAAAAUUCCAGACAGAGGAGGACAAAAAAUUUUUGGAAACAUUUUCCUUUUUAAAACAUAUUGUUCAAAUUAGAAGUGAUAAAAAAUGAUUUGUAACAAGUAAUCUAUUUUAUUUACAUUUCAAUUUAUUGGUGAAUAAUAAUUUAUACAAUUAAUUACAUCGCAGUAUUUUUAAUAAAUUUGAAAAAAUUGUAUUUUAGUACCAAAUUAUUUUAAAUCUUAUGUUGAACUUAUCGACUUCACAAAUAUGGGAUCGAAAACCAAAACUUGGAUGUAAUGUUACAAUUAUUUCCUUUUGUUCUUGGAGUAACUUAGGAUUCCGAUGUCUCUAGUAAGUCAAAAAGGAAUUAUUUCCGGUGAUUAAUCUGACUCCAUCCUGAGUUAGUUAUUUGUAUGUGUUGUCAUAUGUAUGCGUAAAACCCGCAAUGAACUGCUCCGCGAAGCAGGGUGCGCGGGUUUUGCUAUUAUUGAUGUAUUAUUUUUAUUUUAUUUUGUAUCUUUUGAAUAAUUUGAAAAAUAUGAAACACUUAUUCAUUUUAGGAAUUGAUCUUAAAAAUAUUUUAUAGAAGAUAAAAGAUAAUUGAGUAAAUUGAAAAAAAUUUAUUUUGAAAAAGCAGACAUUUUUAUUUAUUAUAAAUUAUAUCGAGAGUUGCAGAA